ACCUCGCAUCCCUACACAGCCGGGACGUGCGAAGGGGGGGGGUGGCGUACGCCGGCGUGUUGGGGGGUCCGGAAUUGUUGUGAUCGGGUAGUAAAAGGGGGGUUGGCAUACGCCGGCGCGUGGGGGGUCCGGAAUUUGUUGUCGUCGGGUGAUAAAGUGUUCCUGCCUUUCGGAAUGAAGCGUGGUGUGCUCGGUGGUGGUUCCGGGUGCGGGAGGGUCGGGGCUUGACGUCUCCACCGAUGUGGCGGCGAUGGGGGUAGGGAUUCGGCAAGAUGGUGGUACUGUAAAACCGCUCGCCGGGUACUCGUGUCGAUAGGAAGAGAGACGCGUGUGAGGGUGAUGCUCCACGAAGCCCUUUUUGUCUUGUUUGUUUGUUUGUUCGUGCGAGACCCGGCACUGCCGGUAACGAGUGGGAGAGGGUUGGGGGGAAAGUAAUAAAUAAAAGGUACUUCGUGUUUUCUAGCUGCAGGGUAGGUUGUGAUAAUCCAACCCGAAGUGCCGUUGCGUGUUUUUGGUUGAUUUGAGUGCAUGGUGUACUGUGGUAGGAAAUAUGACGAAAAACACGCCAAGGUUUUGAAAGUUGUGGGGCAGGCAUCUAACGAUACACACGACGGGGACGCAGGAAGACACGGCGUGUGGUGUCACCGUGCCACAUUUGGUGGAACGGAAGAAAGCAUGUGUUUUAUUUUACGAAAAACUAAAACACACGCCAAGAUUUGAGUUUGAUGGCAAGCAUCGUACAACACGGGGCUCGAAAGACACGGUAUGGUGUGUACCAUUCAGACCCUGAGAAAUCAAAUGGGUUACAAAAGCCGUGGACAUCCCUAUUUCAGGAGGGGGCGUGUAGUGUUGAGGAAUGCACGGGGAGGGGGUGCAUCGAGAUCGAAUACCUCGCACGUUUUUUUGUGUGACCGGGGCUGAGUGUCUGACAUCAGCGAUGACGUCUGCCGUCGGUACAAGUGCUGUUGAUCGUGUUCGCGUGCACAGGGCAACCAAGGGCUGCUAGUUGUUAAAGAGUCUUUCGUGGAAACGCCACGUCAAAUGUUUUGGGGAGCGCGUAGUAGGUCACACACCCCACGUCGCGUUGUACCGUAUGUUACGCUGUACGUGCGAAUUUUGAUGAUAACACAAGUUGUGCCCUGGCAAGCACGUGCGAGGGCGAUUCUGUCGUCGUUUUUUUCGUCUUUUUCGGUGUUGGUCGUUCUUGUGUCGUUGUAUGCAUGUAGCCUAACCUAGUCGUUCAAGCGUGUCGCCGUUAGCGUUGACGCGAGCAAUUGUCCCCGACUGGCAGCUACGUGUACGUGGUUGUGUCCGAAUUCUAGACUACAUACAACGUUGGUAAAUUAAUGGUAUCAUGUAUUUUGUUGCUUGCCUUCGGGGCUUAGUAGCCUGUCGAGGCCGGGGUUGCUCCUGGGUAGCCACCUUUUGCUUCAAAACGUACCUCUUUUCCCUGUGAUUUCUUGUUUUCGUCAACGACAAACGCGUACGUACGCUCUCAACCUGUCUUCCGGU